UCACAUAGCCAUCAGCAAUUCUUAAGAUAUGAAAAUUAGAUAAUAUUCUAAGAGAAAAAAGUACACAGAUUGAGACUUCACAAUUACUAUCUCUUUUUUCUAAGAUGGAAUUAUUGUACACCUAACACCAUUUUGGCAUGAUAUAAUCCAUGGUAAUCGUUAUCGACACUAAAACUUUCAUGGUCCACACCGUCUUUGCAUCGAGGUCUUUGUCAAGAGCAAAAACAAGAAUGGUGGUUUGAAAUGCUAUUGAUGAAGCCAAAACCAGUAUCUGAAUGUGUUUGUCUUUUAAUUCGAGCUAAUAUUCUAAACCUUAGUCGAGUACAUUAGAAAAAGGCGAAAAAACAUAACCUCUCAAGUCCAUUCAAUAUCUUGAUUCAAAAAACCCGCAAACAUCAUUCAUAUGAUGAUGAUGAUGAUCAUAAUCAUUCUCGCGGGUUUUCUUUUCAUAUCUUUGUUAGUGAUCCUUAUUAGGAUCAUUAAGAAGCUAUGGUGGACUCCAUUUCAUGUACAAUUUAUGAUGAGAUCUCAAGGUAUACAAGGUCCUCCUUACAAGUUCCUACAUGGAAACACCAAAGAGAUUGUCGAAAUGAAAAAAGACUCCAUAAACAAUGCCAUGGAUCACUUGUCACAUGACAUAUUUCCGAGAAUUCUACCUCAUAUAUUUUCUUGGAAGAAACUAUAUGGGGCAAAUUUUCUCUACUGGUAUGGACUGCAACCUGAACUAGUAGUGACUGAACCAGAACUUGUCAAAGAAAUACUGAGCAAUAGAAACAACAAUUAUCCCAAAAUAGAUCUUGAAGGCUUUUCCAAGAAGCUUUUUGGAGAUGGGGUUGCAUCAUCUAAAGGCGAAAAAUGGGUAAAAAUGAGGAAACUAGCCAACCGUGUUUUUCAUGGAGAAAGCCUAAAAAGUAUGAUUCCAGUGAUGAUUAUGAGUUGUGAGACCAUACUCGAACGGUGGAAGAUUUAUGAAGAUAAAGAAAUUGAAGUGUUUGAAGAGUUUAGACUAUUAACAUCAGAGGUCAUUUCCAGGACUGCUUUUGGAAGUAGUUACUCAGAAGGACAGAACAUCUUUGAUAUGCUGAUGAAGUUAGCUUUGCUAGUUUCCAGAAAUUCUUACAAAAUUAGAUUUCCAGUCAUCAAUCAAAUUUGGAAAAGCUGUGAUGAAAUAGAGUCAGAGAAACUCGAACAGGGCAUACGUGACAGCAUUAUUCGGGUAAUAAAGAAAAGAGAAGAGGAAAAGAUUGGUGAAGAGCUUAACUUUGGAAGUGAUUUCCUUGGGAAACUCCUAGAGGCCUAUCAAGAUUAUGGAAUAUCGAUAGAAGAUAUCGUUGAUGAGUGCAAGACAUUUUAUUUUGCUGGUCACGAGACGACAACUCUUUUGCUUGGGUGGACAAUCUUCUUGCUAGCUACAAACAAGAAGUGGCAAGAAAAAGCAAGAAAAGAAGUUGUUGAAUCAUUUGGCCACAAAGUUCCUAAUGCAGAUGGCCUAUCAAGACUGAAAAUUAUGAACAUGAUUCUUGAUGAAUCUCUAAGAUUGUACCCUCCAGUACCAUUCAUCAAAAGGAAAGUUGACAACAAAGUUCAGCUAGGGAAGCUAACUUUACCACCUAAAAUGCAUCUCUAUAUAUCACCAUUAGCGGUUCAACGUGAUCCUAAAAUAUGGGGAGAAGAUGUUCAUGUUUUCAAACCGGAUAGAUUUGCUGAAGGGGUUGUUAAAGGUACAAAUAACAAUCCAGUAGCAUAUUUGCCAUUUGGCUAUGGACCUCGAACUUGUUUAGGCUUGAACUUUGCAAUGAUCGAAGCAAAAAUUACUCUUUCGAUGAUUCUACAACGUUACAUGUUCACGAUUUCACCAACUUAUGUUCACUCUCCUGUUCAGCUUUUUAUGCUUCGUCCACAGCAUGGAGUUCAAGUCAUUCUCCACAAGAUUUAAGGGUCUCUUGUUGUAUGUAAAGAUGAACAGGGACUUGAUUAUUGGUCUAAUAUGAAGCAAAUAAAACUCUAUUUA